AUGGAAUCUUAUUUAACACCGAAUCAAAUUCCAACAUUAUUCAUAUCAGCUUUACCAUUAAGAAGUGAUGAAGUACCAUUAACGAGGAUUUUCUAUCCGGAUGCAAUACGAGAUGAUAAACAAAUAAAUCUUGCUGAAUUGCAACAGCGUUCAUGGUACUAUGUAUGUGUCGAAUGGGAAAAUUUCAAUCGACAUAAUGAAUCGACAGGCGCCGAUUGUCGUUUACUUCGAACAUUGGAUCGUUUUGGAAAAAUCGCCGACACAACGGUGACAAAUAUCGAAAUUGUUGAUAUCGGUGCGACUACUAUGCAAUUCAAAAUUCAUUCGCUUGUCGAUUUUCCUAUUAGAAAUCCAAAUAGGCUAACGAUAUCUCUGAGAGGAGGGCCAGGACCGAUUGUUGCUUCUCAAAUUUUUUAUUAUCGGCAAUCAGCUGAUCUCGAAGUUCUUUUCUCAUUUUUAAAACAAGACACGGAUUAUGGCCAAUUGUGUUUGCUAGAAGAGCCACUUGUCAGCGGUUAUACAGCGAUGGGUCGGCUCAUUCCAAGCAAAAAUAUCGAAAAAUGUUAUUUCGGUAUGUAUAUCAAAUUCUUUUUUUAUUUUUCUGUUUUUUAA